GCGCUGCUGGGAUGGGGAGGGGGGGCGGUUUCCCUGCGCAGCGGGGCUGGCAGGCGGGCGGGCGGGCAGGAGGCAGCCGCUCCCCGACGGGCACUCCGGGCGCGCAGCAGCCGGGCGGGAGCGGGAGCCGCCGCCGCCGCCGCCGCAGCAGCAGCAGCAGCAGCAGCGCCGGGGGGUCGCGGCAGGGAGCUGCCGGCGCGCAGCUUCGCCAUGCCCAAGAGAAAGGUGACGGUGGCGGACGGGGAGGCCCCCGAGGAGCCGAAGAGGCGGUCGGCGCGGCUGUCCGCGAAACCUGCCCCUGCUAAAGCGGAGCCGAAGCCGAAAAAGCUAGCGGCAAAGGAUAAAUCUGAAGAAAAGAAAGCUCUAUCAAAGGGGAAGAAGGGGCCUAAAGGAAAACAGACAGAGGAGACAAACCAAGAACAGACAAAGGACAACUUGCCUGCAGAAAAUGGGGAAGCCAAAAGUGAGGAGCCCCCAGCAUCUGAUGCAGCAGUAGAGAAAGAAGCGAAGUCCGAGUAAUACCGGGUACCAAGUCUUCAGCGGGUGGCCCUUACACCUUUCUUCUUGUACAAUUCAGAGGAAUAUUUUUAUCAAGUAUUUUGUAAAUGCAAGUUUUUUAGUAGUUCUAGAAAACACAUUUUUAAGAAGGAGAGAAUCCCAACUCAACCCAUUUUUUUACAUAUUUAGAUAAGUGUAAAUGCUUUUUUUAAGUGGUAAAAUCAUGUACUGGUUGUCUGUUUUCUAUGAAACCAGAAAUUAAUGGCAUAUUACAUUAAGGAGAGCAUUGAAGCCUUGAUCAAGCUUCACGUUCCACAGACUAUGAGGGACAGUUUUCCUAUCCUAAUAAAGGAAGCAUAACACAGAUCUGACUUUUGAAUUCAUAAUGAUAUGUUGAGAAUGUCUUAACAUUGUAGUUACUUAUCUGUGGUUGUACCAUCAGUAGAAUUGCUUAUCUAAUAAAACUGCUCCCUAGUGUUGGAUUUCUUGCUGAGUGAUGUUAUAUCCGUGACAAAGUUAUUUUUGGUAGUUGCAGCUUUAUUUUUUUCCAACAACUUUGUAGCUGUGAUGCAAAAUACUGGAAACCUUUAUUAUAUCUUUAAAUACUAAGUAGAAGUGUGUUCUUGGCAAAGUAAUGUGUUCGAGAUACUGGAACUUGACAUCCCAGUUUUAAAGGACAGCCUGUCUACAAAGAUGAAAUGAAAAAUAUUUGAAAUAGGCUUUGGAAAAAAACCACAACAACGUUUUUAGAUUUUAAAAACUAUGUCAAUAAAAAAUAAUUGUAAAAUUGUUCAUAGUGUCUGUGAUCACCAAAAAGAAGCCAAAUAAAUCUUGGUUAUGAAAAGA